CAAGCGUCCCAGCUUCCCGAGACGGACGAGGAACUCAAGCAGCACUUCGCCCAGUACGUCCGAGAUGAGUUUUCUAGCAUCCGAUCCGAGUACGCCCCCACCAGCGCUGCCAAGGUGGCAAAGGCAACGCAGGCAAAGCUGGCCUAUUGUUUAUUGGCUGUGCUCAACGACCCGACAUCAAACGUUCGUCUAUUGAACAUGUCGGCUAUGAAGGGCGAGGUGGAGAAGGUAGGCGGCUCGUCGGCCUUUGCGGACUAUCUCAAGCUCGUAUAUAAGUUAUAUAAACCCCAAAUCCAGUAUAUACUCGAUACUUGGACGAAUGAGGCGGCGAGGGACGAGAAGAAGGCCUUGAAACGCAAGAGGUUGGACACGUCUGGACACACUACGCCGACGGUCGAGGAUCUUCCCACCGGAGACACCGGAGACAGGGCCGGUCGUUCCAACGCAGACAAGAUCGCCCAGGCCAAAGUGUCAAAGUGGUACGACGGAAGCUGUGUUCUCUCUGGCGCUACACUGGUCGACGGAGCACAUAUUAUAGACGUGAGGGCCUCGGGGAUGAAUGCCCUCUAUUUCUGGGAGAUGCUACGUAUGUUUUGGCCUCUUAAGAGUACCUAUAAGCUCGAUAUUAAAGGCCAGGAGGUACGGAACAUCCUCCCCCUCAACCCGGGCGUCCAUAAAUUCUGGGAUCGGCAUAGAUUCGCGGUCCGUCCCGUCGAGCACCCGAUAGACCCCGAGCACAGGAUCUACUUACAGGUGGUGUAGCUCAAGGAUCCAGACAAGUUUAAUGGCCUUAUCAAAGGUGACUGGGACCAUCACGGAUCCGGCACCAUCGUGGACUUCCGGCGUGGGAGCGACGA